AUGGCCGACAAAGCAGCUAGCAGGGCAAAGUUCGAAGGCGUCUUUGCCGCGAUUCGUGAGGAGCUAUUGCAGCAUUUCGCAGGGGAGGGGAUGCCAGUAGAAGCAGUGGAGUGGUAUCGCAAGAAUUUGGACUACAACGUCCCGGGCGGGAAGCUCAACCGUGGAAUAUCUGUCGUUGACACCGUCGAGAUUCUCAAAGGGAGCGCGUUGACUGAGGAUGAGUACUUCAAGGCGGCUGUGCUUGGCUGGUGCAUCGAACUCCUGCAAGCCUUCUUUUUGGUCUCCGACGACAUCAUGGACUCUUCCAUUACGCGUCGUUCCCAACCCUGCUGGUACCGCCUGCCUGAGAUUGGGAUGAUCGCCAUCAACGAUUCCUUCAUCCUUGAAGCUGCCAUUUACCAGCUCCUCAAGACCCACUUCCGCAGUGAAAAGUUCUACGUCGACCUGCUCGAGCUCUUCCACGAAACAACAUACCAAACGGAAAUGGGCCAGCUCGUAGACCUCAUCACCGCCCCAGAGGACCACGUCGAUUUGAAUAAAUUCUCUUUGGAUAGGCACCGCUCGAUCGUGAUCUACAAAACGGCAUACUACUCCUUCUAUCUCCCCGUCGCCUGCGCAUUGCACCUGCUCAACAUCCCCGAAUCCUACACCGCCUCUGGUGUCACGCAAAAGCCGUACGAAAUCUCCAAGUCGAUCCUCCUCCCUCUCGGGGAGUACUUCCAGAUCCAGGACGAUUUCCUCGAUUACUCGGCUCCCUCGGAACAACUCGGGAAAAUCGGCACGGAUAUCAUCGAUAACAAGUGCUCGUGGGUCAUCAAUACCGCGUUGUUACUCUGCUCCAAGCCUUCUACGCCUGGCGGCGCGGAGAUGAGGAAGGUUCUUGAUGAGAAUUAUGGGAGAAAGGAUGCGCAGUGCGAGGCGCGCGUUAAGAAGGUGUAUGAGACGUUGGAUAUUACCAAGGUUUAUGGGGAGUAUGAGGAACGGGUUGUUGGGGAGUUGAAGGCGAAGAUCGGCGGCAUUGUGGAGACUGAAGGCGGUUUGAAGCGGGAGGUGUUCGAGAGCUUCUUGGGUAAGAUUUAUAAGAGGAGCAAGUAA